AUGGAGUGCGAUGGAGUGCGGUUUACUCCGCGGAGUGGCUGGAGUGGCGGAGUGCGCUUUUUCCCCCUUGCAAUACCCCAAAUCAUGUUGAAUUUAAAAAUAAAUUCUCUUUUUUCUAUUGUUUAUUCAGCGCACACAGAUACAAGCUUGGCACCAUUCGUUUGUCCUGUCCCAUUGAUUAAUGCUACAUGGAAUCAAAAAGGUGUCUUUCUUGUUAAUCGAGCUAAUGGGUGUAAUUCAAAUGAAAACUCAUUAUGUGAACCGCGAGACUUAUUUAUUGACAAUGUUAAUGACAAUUUGUAUGUGGCUGAUACACGUAAUAAUCGUAUUCAAAAAUAUUCAUUAAUUGCACCAAUUGAUAAUGGUCAGGGUACAAUUGGAAUUACAGUUGCUAGUCAAGGUCUCAUAGCACCUCAAAGUAUUUUUGUUGACACUCGAACAGACGAUAUGUAUAUUCUGGAUUACGAUAAAUAUGAAAUAAAAGAUCUAAGUGAACCAGCCGUCUAUCGCGUUCAAUUAUGGCAUAAAAACGAUAAAAUUGGUCGAAUUUUGUUGAGUGAAAAAGGUGAAUAUGGAUUCGGAACUUAUUUCUCAUAUCUUACAUUAGAUAAAUAUAUGAAUAUUUACGUUGGAACGCGAUUUUAUAUAAGAAAAUGGUUAUCAUCUACAAACUAUAGUGAAAAAGUCCUAGCAGCUGGAAAUAGUGAACUAGGUGGAAGGGGUCCAAAUAAUUUAUUCAAUCCAUGCGCUUUUUAUAUAUACAAUGAUCUAACUUUGUAUAUUGUCGAUCUUAGCAAUCACCGCAUACAAAAAUGGCUGGCCAAUGCAACUGAAGGUACUACACUGGUAGAAAAUCUGAUCUAUGCAGUUGGAAUAACAGCAGAUUGCAAUGGAAAUAUUUAUUAUACCGAUACAUAUGAUCAAGCUAUUUUUCAAUACAAUAUCAUUAAUAAUCAAAGAAGAAUGAUAGUUGGUGAUGAACAUCGUCUGGACAAGUUGGAGACUUUUUUUCCACUUGCAAUCAAAAUCGAUAAAUUUGGUAAUAUCUAUGUGACUACCAGUGCGGCUUCACAAAUUAUGAAGUUUUCGAUUCUAUAA